AUGUCUUCUAACGGCACUGUUGUCAAUAUCCCCGACAAUAUCGUCGUCAAGACGGGCCCUCGAAUUUUAGGUUUUCUAUUCCAUUGGGGUCUUUUCGGCGCCUUGUGUGUCCAAGUUUAUCUUUAUCAUCUCGCCUUCCCCAGAGACCCCAAGAGAAAUAAAAUUCUGGUUUGGACGGUCUUCGCUCUUGAGUUCACCCAGACAAUGAUGAUCACCAAUUCUGCAUUUACCGUCUUUGGAAGUGGUUAUGGACAAUUUGCGGACUUUAACAAGGUUGACCUCGCCUGGUUUGAGGUGCCCAUUAUUACCGGAAUUGUCGCUUUUAUAGCUGAAGCAUUUUAUGCAUAUCGAAUAAGUGUUUUGGCACAAUCGUACUGGGUAGCAGGUGUUAUCCUACUGCUUGCAACUGUGCAGCUAGCGGGUGCUCUAGCCGCUGGAAUAAUUCUAAAGCGGGCAGUUCUUUUCAGUCAUCUUCUAGGUCGCUCAUAUUCCAUCUCUGCCGGUAUAUGGAAUGGUGGAAGUGCUGCGUGCGAUGUUAUCAUUGCCGUUGUUAUGACUUACUACCUUUUGAAACGAGGAUCUGGUACAAUGAAGGAAACAAAUGCGCUUCUGAAGCGAGUGAUUACUUUGGUCAUCGAGACUGGAUCCAUUACUGCUGCGGUAGCUAUUCUAGAUCUUGUCCUGGUUGUUUUACCCAGUCAGCCAUCCUACUAUUUAACACCUUCCGAAACUUUGGCCAAGUUUUAUUCCAAUUCAAUGAUGGUGGUUCUAAAUAGCCGUAUGAGAAUUGGGAUCGAACCUGGCUAUGAGGGAGGGAGUAACAGUACUACUGCUCGUAUUAGGACAGGGGUAACUACAGCGGCUACCCAUACGAUGGACACUGACGCAUACGAGCUGGGAGAUGGAAUUGUUGUUGCCCGUGAGCAGGUGCUUUUUCCGAAUGGCAAGGAGUCGAGCAUAGGUCAAAAGGGAUGGUCAGCGCAUGUGGUUUACGAGAUCCAUCUCUCAGAGAAAAAGGAAGUUAAACGCAACGACGACGCGCUGCGGUCCCGUGUCAGAGUCUUUACCUUUUCAAUUCUCCGAAAUCUUCGCCUUAUCGUUGCCUACAGCGUACAUGACUUUCAACAACAAACCAAACACUAUGCUCUCGACAGGGAUGAACAUGUAUCAAAAGCGACGAACUCUCUUGAUGAGACAAUGUUUCCGGCUCGAUUGACCAGAGCAGCUCUUGCUGAUCGUCAGAGGCAAGUAGAAGAACUUCAAGUUGGCUUGGCUAAAUUAAGGAAAGAGAAUGAGAAGAGUCUGUCUCAAUUCAACACCCGUAUGAUGCAAAGCGCUAAUUCUGUUGCAGAACGCGAUCGAUUGCGAACGUUACGCGAAACACUAGCCUCAAGACGUCGAACAUUGUCUGCUGCAAAACUCCAAACGUCGUCGUCUAGGCCUUCCAAUCUCCAUUCGACUACCGCCUUGCCACAAACCUUCCCGCCAAGUCGAGAGUCAGAGGCUCUUCUCAGUAUAUCAGCAACUAUAGCUCGGGCGCGAUCGGGACUUGUUCAGGAACUUGUGGAAGUGUUCAACGUAGUUGAAGUGGGUGGUAGGCCACCCAUUGGCGGCAAAGCAGGGACCAAAGGUGAAUGGACAAUUGGCGAUCUCAUUCUCCCCGUUCCCGGAGAUAUACGACGAUACCCACCAGAUCAUAUCAACGCUGUCCUGACACACACGAUUCACUUUUUGUCACUUCUUACGUUCUAUUUGGGCAUAAAGCUUCCUUUUGAGAUCAUAUGGACUGGUGGUAAGCUAGGCGUUGGCCAACCUUGGAUAGGGGCAUCAAAGGGCGGCGAAUAUGGUGGUUGGGCGAGAUGGUAUACCAAACAUCCACUGCACCUGACCUCUUCCUCUGUUCCAACACCACCGCCGUCAUCUAUCAUUCCUAAACAAGUGUCUCAUAGCGAUUCGGCUACCCACUCUUCCCCCUUUACUCUGACCGCGUCUGUAUUGGCAUCUGACCCCCCUGAAUCUUCCUUGCAAUCUUCCUUUAUGACCGCCUUAUCCAUGCUUCUGUAUGAUGUCUGUUAUCUCGCAUUCACUCAGAACGUCGACGUGCCACUUAGUCAAGCAGGGGAUAUACUCAGUAACCUUUGGAUGGUCUGCUGCAGCGCCGACCUAGGCAAGAAGUCGCACGAAUCAUACCCUACACUUCCACCUCCUACGCCACCGUCUUUUCCUUUAGACUUUGCACAACUCCUACAAGCUACAACUGCCAAUCCCUCCUCCAGACCUCGUACAAGACACCCUGCAAGCCGCACAGGGGUUGGCGGUGUAAAGCCCAAAGAGAGGAUAUUAGACACCCCAAAAGAAGAUGAAGAAGAUGGGUGGGAUCUUGUUGAUGAUGACGUGUAA